AUGCUGCCACAGAUUCCUUCUUCCUCUUAUAAUCCCAGUCCUCAGGAUAUAUGGUAUGUCCUGACUGGAAUCCCAGGACUGGAAGAUUCUCACACCUGGAUCUCCAUCCCUAUCUGUUCUAUGUACGUUUUGGCUCUCAUAGGCAAUGUCUUCUUGAUCUUCAUGAUUGUGACUGAGCGCAGUCUCCAUGACCCCAUGUAUAUCUUCCUUUCCAUGCUGGCCUCGGCAGAUGUACUUCUCUCAGCCACAGCCCCCAAGAUGUUGGCCAUCUUCUGGUUCCAGUCCAUGGAUAUAUCGUUUGGUUGCUGUGUGUCCCAGAUGUUCUUCAUACAUUUCAUCUUUGUGGCAGAAUCUGCUAUUCUCCUGGCCAUGCCAUUUGACUGUCAUGUGGCCGUCUGUCACCCACUGAGAUACACCACAAUCUUAACCUCUUCAGUCACUGGGAAGAUUGGCAUAACAGCCAUGGUCAGGAGCUUUAUCAUCUGCCUUCCAUUCAUCUUCCUGGUACACCGACUUAGGUAUUGUGGGAGAAACAUCGUUCCUGAUUCCUACUGUGAGCACAUGGGUAUUGCCAGAUUGGCAUGUGACAAUAAGGUCAACAUCAUCUAUGGCCUGACUGUGGCCCUACUGUCUACAGGACUGGAUAUUGUGUUCGUCAUUAUGUCAUACACCAUGAUCCUUUGCACAGUGUUUCAGAUACCUUCCUGGGCUGCCAGAUUCAAGGCCCUCAACACAUGUGCUUCCCACAUCUGUGUCAUCCUUAUGUUCUAUGCCCCAGCAUUCUUUUCAUUUUUUGCCCAUUGUUUUGGGGGGAAAACCAUCCCUCACCAUGUCCACAUCCUAGUAGCCAACCUCUAUGUGGUGGUGCCCCCUAUGCUAAACCCCAUCAUUUAUGGGGUCAAGACCAAACAGAUUCAAGACCGAGUAAUUUUGCUUUUCUCCCACAUCAAUUAA